ACGUGACGUCGUCGUUGUGCGCCGCUUGCCUUGACAUUCAGAGCGGAGCUCCAUGCUGAAUGUUUUCGUUAGCGUCCUCCUGCCUUUAUCACUGAGAUUAACGCAGGCUGGGCACUGGGAGUCUUAAACAUGUCCUUAAAACAAGCAUCAGUCCAUGCAAAAUGGGUUAUUGGUCGAGUGAUUGGGACCAAAAUGAGGAAGACAGCAAAAGUUCGGGUGACCAGACUUGUCUUGGAUCCGUAUUUGCUUAAGUACUACAACAAAAGGAAGACGUACUUUGCUCAUGAUGCCUUGGAGAAGUGCACCAUUGGGGACAUUGUGUUGUUGAAGGCUUUACCAGAGAGGAGAUCUAAACACGUCAAACAUGAACUGUCCGAAAUAGUGUUUAAAGUCGGGGCUGUGGUCGACCCUCUGACUGGUAAGAAGGUUGCAGGUGGGCAGUUUUUGGAGCCUCUCACAGAUUCCACAGAAAACUUAGAGGCUUCUUUAGCCGAAAAGUUAGAAGAGCUGAACAUUUCUGCAUCUCCUUCUCCUUCAGCUUCUGCCAGUUAGUUUUGUCUACUCUGUUGAUGUAUGACUGUAUAUGUAUGUUCCUGUUGAUUUUGUCUUGCAAAUUAAAAGAAAUAUUCAUUAUUCUCA